AGGGCCCUCUAAGGAUAAUUCCGGGCUUCAUAUUAAACAUAAAAUCCUGUGAGCUGUGAGAGGAUUAGGAGAAAAUAAUACAGUGCCCAGCAACAUGGUGACACCUCCUAUUGCUACUAAGUGGCUUGCAUUAAAAACGUGAUAGUUCAUGCUAACAACAUGAAGUGCUAUGUAACAGGUAGAUUAUAAUGUUUUUGUUGUGUACGCUUUUUACGUGAUAUCAGUGGAUGGAAACGGCGCUCUGUGAUAAGUUGACUGCAUCAUAUACUUUUUGACCAUUGCAACAAUACUGGGAACUGGAAUCUUAGGUCUUCCGGUGACGAUAGCCCAUGCUGGACUCGUGCCUUUCCUGUUCUCCUUUAUCGUUGGCUUCUUCGUCCAGGCUUUGCUCAUCUACCUGUUUGUGGAGCUUCUUCAGAAAUGUCAGGUGGUGCAGCUGGAAUCUCUGAAGACAGGUGUUGCAGAGUGUAUUGCCAUGGAUCGGGUGGGUGUGGAGGACCCAGCCUGCACGGAGGAGGAAGACGACGACAGUGAAAAUGCAGAAGCAGAUACAGGGUUACUGCAGCCGGAUGCAGCAGCUCUGCACGACCGGGCCGACGGUCUGCAGCCGAACCUCCAUCUGCUCGGUCGACUCUUCCUCUCCCGGCCCAUGAGCCACGCUUUCAACUGCGUGCUCCUCUUCCAGUUCAUUUCAAUUGGAAUUAGUUAUGUCCUGGCUGGCAGUGAGGCCUACGCUGCACUUCUUAAUAUCAGCCACAUCUAUGUGAUCCCAGUCUUCACCUGGACCCUGACUCUUGCUAUUUUAUUGGCUCACACAGUCAUUCAGCCAAUCACUUCACUGCUGACCCUCCUGAAAGGAGUCCUCCUCAUUGUCACGGUGGCUGUGACAUUUGCAGUGGGGUCAGAGGUCGGCCUUCAGAGCAGCAGUGACUUCAGUCAGAUGGGGAAACCUUUCCUAAUGGGCACAGUGGCUCUGGGUGGGAUUGUAAACGUGAUGCCUCUGCUUUUCUCGCAGAUCUCACACAACAAAACGCAGAUCCUGUGGUUUCGGAGGGCGGUGAUCGGAGGCCUGACAACCUGCACUGUGCUCAACAUCCUCUGGUGCUGGGCAGUGCUGGAAAUUGUCCCGCAGACAUCAUUACCAGAGAGGAGGAUGGCAGCUGAAAAGACAACCAGGCCCGACUACAGCAGCCCCUCUGGUCCUCCGUCCACAGUCUCCUCACAGCUGUACAGUAACAUCUCGCUAGAAGAGUCAGAGAAAGCAGGAGAGAUUGCCACUAUUCCACUGACUAAGAUCAUUAAUGAACGUUACAGGGCGUAUUCCUGGGUGGCUGAGCUGAUCCAGGUGUUCAUAGCCAUCAGCGUCACCGUGUCCUUCCUGGUCAUGGGAUCUGCUAUGAAGCACACCAUUGAUGGUCUGGUGAGCUCGCUGUGGAGCAGCAGGCUGGAGUGGCUGACUAAAGUCUGGGAGCCAAAGUUGCCAAAUAAACAGCACAUCUGCUCAGCACGAAGCAUGGCCAAAGGAUUCAUGUCACUGCUCGGAUUCAUUGUCAUCUUUAUUGUGUCGGUGUGUGAUCCCAGGGGUUUUGUUGUCAUGUUGGACAAAGUUGUGUCGUUCUCCCUCAACACUGAAGUGGGACUGUUUGUCUUCAUCAUGCUGAGAGAAUCCAGAGAGGACAGAUUCCAACAGCUCGCUGUCCCUCUGCCACUGGGUGACUGCGUGUUCAGCCUUAGCUGGUUGCUGCCCACCUACUUCCUGUUUGCAGUAACCUACGACGUCCUGCAGACCCUGGCGGAUCUGGCUCAUUAUCUGCAUUUCUACAGCCGCGAUGAGGAGCCACACGUUUACAAUCUGACGGGGAGCUUAGCAGCGGCCAAUCUGUCCGCCCUGCUCUGACCCUAAGCAGCUAGUUAACACACACACACCGGUAGGAGCUGAAGUUGCCAAAAUGACCAGCUUAACGCCUUUGUGUUUUUGUUUUUUUUUUUGCACUGCACUUUCCCUUAAAUCAUGUAUCAAUCUAACAGGAAGAGCUGCAGGGGGCGCUCUUUUAUCUCCCCAUCCUUGCUACAGUAACUACACAGUAGAGAUCAAAAUUUUUUAUCCAAAAUGAAACAAAAAUGUUCCUGUACUGUUAACUGCAGCGAUCAAAAUUAGAGAAAAGUUGCUGUUGGCAUAAAAUGAGAUAUUUAAAAAUGAAAUUAGUGAUAAUAACAGAUUAGAAAAACCAGUAAGAAGCCAUUUUAAUGGGAAUGACCAGCAGAUCUGCACCUGUGGAUGUUACCAGAGCCUCUUUUCCUCAGUCCAGUAAUUGUGGAUUUUUUAGCCAUAACAUCGUCCUCAGCAGUCAUCCAGAGGUUCUCGAUUGGGUUCAGAUCAGGACUCCGGGUUAGCCGUUUCAUUAUUUCAGUCUUAGCAGCUGUGAGGAAGUGCUUUACCGGUUCUGCGGGGUGAUUCAGGAGUAUUGUCUUGCAUAAAUAUUGUUGGCUGAUUAGGAGCUGAUGUCAGGGAGGGAGUAAUCUGUGGUUGAAGGAGCUUCUGCUAAACAUUAGCAUUCACCUUGCUGAGGGGCUCAACCUUUGCUGCAGAAAGCAGCCACCCUCCAUCAUCUUCCCUCCCCAAACUCAACCGGCAGGUGUGGGUGCGUGACGCUUCUGAACCAGCUAAAAUCAAACUCAUUAAAGUGACGUGGACCAGGUCUUCUGUUCCUCAGCAGAUUUCAGUCAAGCCUUCUGAUUGGUCGCUGCAGAGCAGCCGUUCGGGUGCAGAGAUGCUAACAAAGACCCUUCUGCCUGUUCAGCAGUGAUUUGGCAAAUGACUCGAGCUCCAGCCCCGAAUCAAACCCGAGGCUUUCAUGCUGCUCUCCUUUGCAUUCGUCUGAUAUGGAUGACGAGCGUUUUCGCUGUAAAAUGCUAGAAUAUUCUAGCAGUCGGUGCUCUUUGAACCAGCCACCAUCAACAACCAGCAAUUCUCCAACUUUCAAAAUGAUUUUCCAGUUUUAUAGGAUCUGUCAGAUCCCAGAGGAUCCCGGAGAACUAGUCUUGAUCACAGGUCUUUUUAGAAACUCAUUAAAGAUCAUUUUUUGUGCUUCAGUAGCAUCCCCUUUAUUCCUGAUCACUUUAAAUUGGAAACAGCCUCGACUUGGUUCUCUAAUUUUGAUCUCUACUGUACAAUAGCACAAUUUUUCAUGGCUGUGUUUAGUUUGUAUUCAGCUGAGCUUUUGAGCUCUCUUUUAAACUGAGAGUUAAACUUCCUGUUAGCCGGGCUGCAGUUGUUGCUUCUGAGUCUGUGUGAUGAAAAAGAGAUUCAAUCUGAGAUCAAACAUUUCAGCCUGUAAGCGUGUGGAGUUUUAUGCAUCUGGUAGAACUGCAGUUAAAUUCACAGCGCUGUGCAAAAGUUUCAGACGAGUAAAGCGAUGAAGUUUGAGAAGAAGCAGUUUUUAUUUAUCAGCUGUUAACUUCAUACGAAGUGACGUGGAGAGAAACCAGAGCUCGGUGUGAGCACCCUCUGCCUUUAAAUCGGUGCUUCCGCGUCUUCGUUUAGGUAACUUUUCAGGUGGGAUGUUCCAGGAAUCCCAGCAGUUCUCAUGUGGAUUUAGGCCGCCUUGUUUUCUGGCUCUUCAUGUAAUCCCACUCACUCCAUCCGAGUUCUGCGGGUGUCGCACCAUCUGUUCCAGGACUUCUGGUUCUUGUUGGCUGGCUGUUCGGAGCCGUCAUCCUGCUGCACAAUGAAUUUGGGCUGCUUACACUGUGUCUGAUGGACGAGCAUAAACAUUAGAAACUUCUGCACAGUGCUGGUUAAUACUUUGUUACAGAUCUUCUCCUCAAUGCCUUAUGCAGAGCAGAAAAAGAUAUUUAUUCAAACAGUAAUGUGGAAUAGUACAGUAAUUUUUAUAGUCAUGACAUGGGCAGAUCUCUCCUGCAGGGGUUUUCAGACUCCUGUGCAGUCUGCAUUAUUUCAUGCC